AUGUCUUUAAUUUUGGAUCUUAAAUAUUUAGUUGGAUUAACUGGUAAAGGGGAUCGUAGAAUUAAAGUUUUAUUUCGAGAGGCUAAAUUGAAUUCAAGAAUUGCUACUGGACAUGAUAGUGUUUAUUUUGGACAACGUAUUAGUUGGCCAGUUAGUCGUUCAUUGGAUGAUAAAGAUGUAUUAAUUUUAAAAGCUUAUCAAAUAAGAAAAGGUUUACCAGAUAGUUUACUAGGAUCCUUGUCAAUCAAUUUAUAUCCACUGACUCGAGAUGUACAUUCAAUAUUUCGAGAAAAUCUUGUGGAUAGUUCAAAUCAUCCAACUGGCAUAUUAUUAUUAUUUGAGUUACGAUAUCAAUCACCUGAUAGUACACAUGGUGAUCUAGAUGAUGAUCUUGCUAAUUAUCCGCUAGCGGACACAGAUUAUGGACUUGAAGAUGCAGAAUAUGAAAUUCAUCAAGAUCAACCCCCACCUUUUAGUUCAUAUAUUGAGUUGAAUGAUGAUUUCAAUCAAAUAAUAGAUCGAGAACUUGCUCUUGCUGGAGGUGACGAAUGGGAGGUAGAGAGUCAACUAUCUGCACCGGAAAGAAAAGAUCCGCGUAUUAUAUCCAUGCUUGGUCCAACUAUCUACAAAUCAAAUCAGUUCCAGCUAGGAAUCAAUGUAGUUGAAGCUCGAAAAUUAGUUGGAACUAAUAUCAAUCCAAUGAUUACUGUAACCGUUGGAAAAUCUGUACAGAAAACAGUUACUAAAUAUUCAACGAAUUGUCCAUUUUAUGAUAAUUAUUUUGCAUUUGAUUUUGCUCGACCUAAACUAAGUGUACUUACAGAAAUAAUUCGUGUUCGAGUAUUUAAUAUGCGAUCUCAUCCAUUAGCCCGUUUGUUACCUGGUAAAUUGAUCGGUGAAUUUAUUACUGAUGUACAAACAGUUUAUAAUGAAAAAGAUCAUGCAGUAUUAAAUAAAUGGGCAGUGAUUAUCGACCCCAAAGAUCCAUGGAAAGGUCCUACGGGCUAUGUUAAACUUGAUAUGCAUGUCAUAGAAGAAGGGCACCAAGUUAAAAGAAUUCGAAGAGAGAAACCUGAUCAUGAUGAAAUAAUUGAAAAUCAUUUACUAUUACCACGUUAUACCGGUAUGACACAAAAACGUAUUAUGCUCUCUAUGAAAGUCAGUAUAUAUCAAGCUGAAGAUUUGCCUCCAAUGAAUACAGAAAUAAGCAAUAAAAUCAGAAAAGCAUUUGUUGGAGAAAAUACACCAAAUCUUGAUUCAUAUGUGGAAGUUUCUUAUGCUGGACAUACAGCUAGAACUAAAACAGAACGAUAUAAUUAUAAUCCAAUAUGGAAUGAAACAAUUGAAUUUUGUGAUUAUUUUCCAACAUUUACUCGAACUAUUAGAAUUAAUGUUAGAAAUGGUGGAAUAAAAGGUGAACUAAUUGCUACACGUUUAAUUGAUAUACGUGAUAUUAUGUGCCAUAUUACUGGUCGUAAUUUUCCACAUUUUGGACCAUCUUGGAUUAAUCUUUAUGGAACUCCACGAAUCUAUACAUAUGCACAAAUGUUACGGCCAGAAGUAGAAUUAAAUCAAGCACUUGGAGAAGGAGUUGCCUAUCGUGGUCGACUACUUCUAGCUAUACGAUCAAUGGAAGAUGAAGAUGUAGUUCGAAUUGGUACUAGUAAAGUUGUUGCAAGUCCUGUUUCAGAGACUGUAGCAGGAAAAAAAAGUUUAUACUUUUUAUUUGCUUGUUUCUCUGAAGCAAGUGUAAUUGAGAAAAAACUUGGUGUUAAGAAUAAACCAAUCUCUUAUGAAAUCAGUUUUGGAUUAUAUGGUAACCAACUGGAUGGAAAACGAGGUGGAGUUGAAUUACAGACAAUAGAACUUGCACAACCAAAUAUUACACGAGAACGAGUAGACUGGUGUUAUUCAACCACAACACCACUGAAUCCAACAACAGAUGAUAAAGAAUAUUAUUAUUUAAACUUUGGUAAUAAAAAACCAUGUUUAUAUUUAACUGGUUAUUAUGAAGACCAUCGUUCCAGAAUGUGUAUACCAAACAUUUUAGAGAAAUUAAGUGAAGAAUUGUAUUAUCAAAUACAACGUGUUAAGCACUUGUUUAUUAGAAGGAAAAUAACCGAAGCUAAAAAUUAUCUACGUACAGUUUUUUUGACAAUGGCAAAAAAAUUCAGUUUAGCUCAGGAAUCAAUUAAAUCAUGUCGUGAUACUGCCAGUACAACAUUACUUGAUCGAGAAUAUUCACGUAGAAUACGUCGUGAUUUAAGAAGAAUGGCCAUGUUAAUGAUUCAUUUAUCAAAACAUAUACACAGAAAUACAUUGGGUGAAAAAAUUAAAGAUGCCAAUGCAUUACACAAUCGUUUAUGUCAUUUAAGUAAUUGUCCGCAAGAUGGUUUACCGGAUGUUUUUAUUUCAAUGAUAUUGGAACAUCAAAGAGUUGGUUUUGUUAGAAUUCCAGCACGAGAUAUAUAUUAUUCAGCUGUAGAUUGUGAAAGAGGCAAAUGGAGUGGACAAAUGGCAACUUUAUACUUACGUAAACAAGGUCGUGAGGGUGUUGGACCUAAAGGAUGGAAAAUUCAAAGUCAAAUACGUGUGUAUUUAUGGCUUGGUUUAAUUAAAGAUUUUACCGCUUACACAUUUGGUUUACCUGGUGGAUAUGAUAAGAAUAUAUUUAAAACACCAAAACCACCAAAUGAAUUAAUUUAUCUGGAAAGUAGUCGUUUCCAGUUCAGAUGUUAUAUAUUCAUUGCACGUGAUCUAAUAGCCUCUGAUUCAUCUGGUAUGUCAGAUCCAAUGGCAAGAGUUCUUAUUGGACCACAUGUUCUUCAAACACAAGCAUUAUAUCAAACUAUGAGUCCAAUGUGGGAUGUUGUCUUAUAUAAACAAGUAACAUUUUAUCAAAAUGCUCAAUCAGUAAAACAAAAUCUUCAAGAGGUUAUUGUAGAAAUAUUUGAUAUUGAUCCAGGCAAUGAUUUAGAAUUUAUGGGACGUUGUUUUUGUGAAGUAAAUGUUACUUUGGAUGGUGAAAAGUAUAAACCACCACGUUUACAAUGGUGGCCAAUAUUUCGAGGACAAACUCCUGGUGGAGAAUUACUUGCUGCUUUUGAUCUAAUUCAGGAGGAUCCUCAAGUGCCAUAUGAAAAUUUACCUACAUUUGAAGAAUUAGCUGCAUACACAAAAGAAUUUGAUGAUCGUGUUAUAUUAAAAAGUAUUCCAGGAAUGUACUUAGAUGAUGAAGAUGAUUUGAAUAAAGAUUCAGAUGAUGAUGAUAAUGAUAAUGAAUUGGAUACAGUUGAUGAAUUUGAUGAUUUAAUAUUUGAUGCUGAUUCUGUCUUAUUAUUAGAUAAUUCUAAUGAUAUUCAAAUAAAUAAUACAAGAAGAAAACAAAUCAAAAUUGGUAUGGCACCACCAAAACUUGUUUUAGUUAGACGAAAAGGGGAUUAUCGAAUACCAGAUAAUAUUAGACCACCUUUACAACGAUUUAGAAUGGAAGUUAUGUUUUGGAGUGUAUGGGGUAUGGUGCGUCAACAUUUAUUACCAGUGAAAAGACCACGUGUAGUCGUUGAAAUUGGUGGACAUAAAUUAGAAUCUGAAGUCAUCAAUGAUUUAUCUAAAAUGCCACUUUUUGAGACCCCAUUGAAAGCAAUGGAUAUUUAUUUACCCGUUGAUGAACGUUAUUGGCCACCUUUAGUUUUUACAUGUUUUGAUAAUCGUAUACUUGGUACAAAGAUCACAAUUGGAAGUCAUACAAUUUCUAAUGCACGUGAUUAUUUAGUGUUUGAUAAUGAUAAUCAAUCAUCCGAUAGUGCAAGUACAAUAUAUAUGGAUAGUGAAUCAGAUAGUCCAAGGAAAUUAAAUUUUAAUUUUGAUAAAACUGAUUAUUUUAAUGAAAAUGGACCAAGUCUAGAAAUGUUAACAAACCCUUCCAUGGCAGCAGCAGCAGCAACAACAACAACAACAAUGGGACCAACUUCAAUGAAAUUAAAUGAUAAUGAUUUAGAAAGUAAAAAAUCAAUGGAAACUGGUUUAUCAUCAGUAGAAUUAUUAGCUGAUAUGAAUCCAAAUUUUCAAAAAUAUAAUUUACAUUAUAAACUUCCAGAUAAUGCUGGGGAUUUAGAUUUAGUAUCUAUGGAUGGUGAUAAUUUUGGUCAAAUUAAUAUUGAUAAAAAGCCAACAGAUGCAUUACCUGGAAAGGCUCAUCUUGUUACAACACACUCUGGACCGACACCUGAACAAUUAGCUACAGCUGACUGGUGGACCCGAUUCUAUGUUACUAUACGAAGUGGUGAAACAAAUUUCGAUGAUUCUCGAUAUAAGGGUGAAGUUAAUCCAUUAACUGAAUCAGAAGAUAGUGAUAUUGAAGAGAAACUAGAGAAAGUUGAUGUAAAAUCAGAGAAAGACUCAGAAGAUGAAAUUGAUAUGACAACUGGUACUGGUACAAAAUUAAAUCAUUUAAAUUAUAAAUUAAAAAAGAAAUGUUGGCAACGAACUCAUAAAGCUGAAAAGAAAAAAUUAACCGCUUUAGAAAAACGUCAAUUGGAGAUUGCAAAACGUAGAGCUAGAAUUGAAAAAAGAAAAAAAAACAAAAAAAAUUUAAAAGCUAAAAUUAAAGCAAGAUUUAUCGAUUCGAAAGGAUUAUUUUUAAAAGAAUUUAUUGAUUUAAACUAUGAUGUUGAAACUCAUGAAGAUCAAAGUUGGGUAGAAACAAUACUGGUGUAUCCAGUGGCACUUGAAGAAGUUCCAGAUUUCAACGGUUUUAAUUCACCUUUUCUAAAUCUUCCGUUUUACAAAGGAAAACAAUUGGAAGAUCAUGCAUCUGAAAGUCGUAUUACAGGAUUUUUCAAGGGUAAUUUAGUCAUAUAUCCGGUGAAUGAUGAUGAACCUUUACCAACUGAAAUGUCACAAUUAAAGUUAUAUAAGACAUUGCCAAUUAAAGCAAAGUUCAAAUUAACUGUACGAUUAUAUGUUAUAAGAGCAAUCAAAUUACAUCCAACCGAUCCAAAUGGCAAAUCUGAUCCAUAUUUGAUUGUAUCAUUGGGUAAAUGUGUUAUUAAUGAUCGUGAUGAUUAUAAACCGAAAACAUUGAAUCCGGUAUUUGGAAAAUAUUAUGAAUUUGUAGCACAUUUACCAAUGGAUUCUUUACUUAGUAUACAGAUGAUGGAUCAUGAAAGAGUUGGAGCAGAUACAUUGAUUGGAGAAACACAUAUUGAUAUUGAAAAUCGUUUCCAUAGUGCUCAUCGUGCUACUUGUGGAUUAAUGCCUAAAUAUUAUGCUCAUGGCUAUUGUCAGUGGAAAGACAGUCAACAACCGACGGAAAUAUUAGCUAAGCUAUGUGAAAAAUAUGGUAUUGAGCAGCCUGUUUAUAAUAUAUUGGAGAAUAAAAUCACCAUAGGCAAUGAGUCGUUUUUUGCUAAUACAGAAAUCCGAAAUGAAACUGGUAUAACAGUUAAAUCAGUAGAACCAUUGGCCUUAGAAGCAUUACAUAAUUGGUCAUUGAUUACAAACAAAGAUGUGAAAUUAGUUAGUGAACAUGUGGAAACACGUUCUUUAAAACAUCCCGAUAAUCCAGGUUUAAUUCAAGGUCGACUACAAAUGUGGAUUGAUAUGUUUGAAAGAGAAGUUGCUGUUCCACCACCGGCUAUAAAUAUUUCACCACGUGUACCAGCUGGAUAUGAAUUACGUGUUAUUGUGUGGAAUACAGCUGAUGUAAAACUCACUGACACUUCAUUAUUCUCUUCUGAAAGAAGUUCUGAUAUUUAUGUUAAAGGAUGGGUAAAAGGUGUUGGAAUUGAUGAUCAAAAAACUGAUGUUCAUUAUAGAUCAUUAUCUGGUGAAGGAAAUUUCAAUUGGCGUUUUAUAUUUCCAUUUGAUUACAUUAAAGCAGAAGAUAGAAUAAUUUAUCCAAUUAAAGGAACAUUCGAUAUUGAACCACAUAUGAUUAAAGCUAAUUGUGAAUUGACAUUACAAGUAUGGGAUGCUGAUAUUAUCACAAGAGAUAAUUUUAUUGGAUCACUGACAGUGCGUCUUUCAUCCUUGCCACGAUGUGCGAAAACUGCAAAAAGUUGUGGAUUACAUCAAUUAGAACCAGAUUGUCCAAGAUUUUCAAUGUUUAAGAAUAGAACUGCACGUGGUUGGUGGCCAGUUACUGAUGAAGAAGAUGAAGAAAUUGUCGUUCAAGGUAAAGUUGAAUGUCAGUUGGAAAUGUUGAAUAGUGCUGAAGCCGAAAGUAAUCCUGCUGGCUUAGGUCGUGAAGAACCCAAUGGACUGCCAAAACCAGAUCGACCAGAUGCAUCAUUUAUGAAAUUCCUUGGACCGUUGAAUACUCUUCGUUACUUAGUCAAAUAUCGUUUAAAGUGGAUAUUGAUCAAAAUCUUUGUCAUAUUCUUGGUUUGUUUAAUUGUCUUCUUAUUUCUAUACAGUUUCCCUGGUGCUAUUGUUCAAAAAAUGGUUAAUGGUUAAUUACACACACAUAC